CAGGCAGUAACAAGGCAAAUGCUAACAUUAACGUGCCUUUCACUUAAUACUAAUUUCUUUCAACAACCUUCAAUUCUACAAUCCUCAGAGAAACCCAAAGUCGCUUCAAAAACAAUAAGCACUAACCAUACAACAAAUACAGCAAAUUUAUUUUCUUUCUCUUGCAAGAAUUAUACUAACUCACUCUCCACUUCAAAUUUAUGUUAUUCAACCAAAUUUGAUGCAAACUCAGAUGCCGAGUUGUUGGAUAAAGGAUGGUCAACUCGUUUUACUGACCAGCGUUUGCUUGCACUUUGGCUUCGGUCUUGUUAUAGAGUAAAGGAUGUCAAAAGAAUACAUGCAGUUAUUUUAAAGUCUUUGAGGAAUUCGGUUAUGUAUGUAGAUAAUAAUUUGAUUAGCGUGUAUGCGAGAUUAGGAGAAUUGAUUGAGGCGCGCAAGGUGUUUGAUCAAAUGCAUGAGCGAUGUGUUGUUAGUUGGACUGCUAUGAUUAAUGGGUAUGUUAGUUUUGGUUUAGAUGAUGAAGCAUUGAGGUUGUUCAGUGAGCUUAUAGAGAAUGGCGUUACCGCAAAUAAUAGGACUUUUGUGUGUAUAUUGAAUGUAUGCAGUAAAAGGUUGGACUUUGAGUUGGGGAGGCAAAUACAUGCUUGUGUUGUAAAGGGUAAUUGGAGGAAUUUGAUUGUCGAUAGUGCUAUUGUUUCUUUUUAUGCUCAAUGUGGUGAUUUGGAAAGCGCAUUUUGUGCUUUUUUUCAGGUGAGGGAAAAGGAUGUGGUUUGUUGGACAAGUGUGAUUAGUGCUUGCUCUCAACAAGGGCGCGGAGAGGAGGCUUUUAGGAUGUUUUCUCAAAUGUUGGGUGAGGGUUUUUUGCCUAAUGAGUUUACAGUAUGUGCUAUCUUAAAAGCUUGUGGAGAAAAGAAGGCACUGAAGUUUGGGAGACAGCUACAUUGUGCCAUAGUUAAGGGAAUGUAUAAGGACGAUGUUUUUAUAGGAACCUCUUUGGUGGAUAUGUAUGCAAAAUGUGGGGAGAUGAUAGAUUCUAAGGAAGUGUUUGAUGGAAUGAGGAAAAGAAAUACAGUUACAUGGACUUCUAUUAUAGCAGGGUAUGCUAGGAAGGGGCUUGGUGAGGAGGCCAUACGUCUCUUUCGAGUGAUGAAGAGACGGAAGAUAAUUUCUAACAACUUGACUGUUGUGAGCGUUCUCAGGGCCUGUGGCUCAAUCUCAGCCUCACUUACAGGGCGAGAAGUUCAUGCUCAAAUUAUCAAGAGUGGCAUCCAAUCAAAUGUGUAUUUAGGAAGCACCCUUGUGUGGUUCUACUGCAAGUGUGGGGAGUUCAAUAUUGCCUCAAAAGUCCUUCAACAAAUGUCAUUCAGGAAUGUUGUCUCAUGGACUGCCAUGAUUUCUGGUUAUAUAGGUCUUGGGUAUGAGUUUGAAGCUCUUGAAUUUUUGAAAGAAAUGAUGGAUGAAGGCGUAGAACCAAAUGAAUUUACUUAUUCAUCAGCUUUGAAAGCUUGUGCUAAUCUUGAAUCUGUUCUGCAAGGAAAAUUGAUUCACUCCUUUGCCAAUAAGACCCCUGCCUCAUCUAAUGUGUAUGUAGGUAGCGCAUUAAUUUAUAUGUAUUCCAAAUGUGGAUAUUUAUCGGAUGCAAUUCAAGUUUUCGAUAGCAUGCCAGAGCGGAAUUUGAUUUCUUGGAAGACAAUGAUACUGAGUUAUGCAAGGAAUGGACUCUGCCGAGAGGCUUUAAAACUCAUGUAUCGGAUGCAAGCAGAAGGUAUUGAGGUGGAUGAUUAUAUCUAUGCUUCAGUCAUGGGUUCCUGUGGAGAUGUAGAUAGGAAAGCAGAGUCUUCAUCAGAGUAUUGUCUGCAGUCUUGUUAAUCUGCCUUCAGGUGUAUGCAUGGAGUUGUAUAUAGCAAAGAAAUGGAAGCUCCUCUUGAAACUGCAUCAUAGUCUUGUGUUUUCCUAUUAGCAGGAACUUAGUUUAUAAAAGAAAUAGCAAAUUUAGCCAAUUCUUAGUUUAUAAAUUGUAUGUUUCUUGCUGGUAGUAAUUCUUUGCAAAUUAACCUGUAAGCACUCAGCAAGCAGUCUGUAAAAAGAGAAAUUUAUCCGCAUUUUUGCGUAAUAUAAACAGAUUAAAAGGGCCAA